AUGUCCACCAUAAGGACGAUGGUCUGGACCCCAGUGUCGAUAGGCUACGACAACGUCACCCCCUGGUUGGUUGCACGGGGGUGCCGUCCCCGAAAUAUGACGCUCGUUUUCUCGCCUUGGGAGCCCCUCAGUUUGAAAACUUCUAUCCACGAGACCCUCGUUGCUGCAGGAACAGCGUUGGAUCAUCUUUCGCUAUUUAUCUAUGAUUUUUACAAGAUACCAUCUGGCUUCUCUCUCAUUCCAGCAUAUCUCAAAAUAUCGACGCUAUGUAUUCGUUUGGUGAACCGCUAUUCCCGUAUUGAAUCGUUUUCUCCAUCAUUGAUCAAUCUGCCUGCCCUGUGCAAAAUACUCGAGAGUAUUGGGCCUAAGCAUACCAAGCUGCAGCAAUUACUGUUGGGCUUCGAGCUUGAUCGGCCAUGUCUGGAUACCGACUGGUCGGAGACGGGCGCCCUCCUUGCUCGCAUGCUUGUAUUCCACCCGCACCUUGCUGUCACGAUCCGCAUUUCUCCUCAUAGGAAGCGAAACGAUGGACAUGAGUGGAUGGAGCACUUCGUAAGCAAGAUGGUCGACGGUCUAUCGCGUUCGCUUGCUAGGACAGGCCGUGUGACCUUGAUAUGGGCCUUCCAUCAUAGUCAGCUUCCUGACUCGUAA